UAGUAAAGGGCUGAUUUCAUGGCUCAAUAAUGAGACUAAUUUGAGCACUUAGUUUCCAUUUCAACUAGAAUUAAUGAUGCAAGUCUCUUCAAUCUGUUUAGCAGCUAAGGUUCCCGUUCGCGUGAAGUCACUGCAAACAAACCCAGCAACCAUAAACGACCCUACUUCCAUAGCUGCUCCUAAGUGGUCUCAAAAGACAAUAACAUUGCCUCCCCUUAAACGUGGGUGUCAUCUAGUAACUUCUAAGAUUUUGAAAGAAGUUGGGCUAGAAUUGUCUGGAUUCAAGUGUGGCCUAGCCCAUCUCUUCUUGCAUCACACUAGUGCUUCUCUCACCAUCAAUGAAAAUUAUGACUAUGAUGUUCGAGAUGACACAGAAACAUUCCUCAAUCAGAUAGUUCCAGAGGGCCCAUCUGCGCCAUGGAAGCACACUUUAGAGGGACCAGAUGACAUGCCGGCACACAUAAAAUCAUCGAUGUUUGGUUGUGCACUCACGAUACCAAUUACAAAUGGAAAGCUUAAUAUGGGGACCUGGCAGGGUAUAUGGCUUUGUGAACAUCGAGAUUAUCCUACACCGCGUACGGUUGUGGUCACUCUUAAUGGAAUAUGAGCUGCUCAAGUAUAUUUGCUCCACUUCAUCUUCGUAAGUUUUAUUUAAGAAGUUUAUCAGAA